ACUGACACGGUCCACAUCGGCGCAGACGAGUCGGUCCGACCAGUUUCAGACUUCAUCCUCCAUCUGGACCCGAACGACCCUGAACAUGAGCUUCACUGUUGAAGAGAGGGGAAACCCCAACUCCUUAAACUAUCGCUUAUUUUUCAAAAAUGCUGAGGGAAAGUACAUCUCUCCGUUCCAUGACAUACCAAUGUAUGCCGAUGAGAGUCAGACUAUCUUUAACAUGGUUGUUGAGGUACCAAGAUGGACAAAUGCAAAAAUGGAGAUAGCUACAAAAGACAUCUUGAAUCCAAUAAAGCAAGAUGUGAAGAAGGGCAAGCUGCGGUACGUUGCCAAUGUUUUCCCACAUAAAGGCUACAUUUGGAACUACGGAGCCAUUCCCCAGACGUGGGAAGAUCCAGCUCAUAAAGAUGGAGACACUGACUGCUGUGGUGACAACGACCCUAUUGAUGUCUGUGAAAUCGGCACUAGGGUCUGCACACGUGGAGACGUCAUCAAAGUAAAAGUACUCGGAGUGUUGGCCAUGAUUGAUGAGGGUGAGACCGAUUGGAAAGUGAUUGCAAUCGACGUAGAGGACCCUGAAGCCAAGGACUUCAACAACAUCAGUGACGUCCAACGCCUGAGACCCGGUUAUCUCGAGGCCACGGUCGACUGGUUCAGGAGGUACAAGGUGCCAGACGGGAAACCAGAGAACCAGUUUGCUUUCAACGGGGAGUUCAAAGACAAGGAAUUUGCCAUUGAAGUAAUCAAGAGCACUCACAGCUUCUGGAAAGCUCUCAUUUCCCAGAAGGCUAAUGCUGGUGAACUCAACUGCAAAAACACAUGCGUCUCAGAGGGUGAAAGCCCAUACUGCUGCUCGGCAGAUGAGGCCAAAGCUGCUGUUGGUGGGACUUGUCCUUGUGGAAAGGAAGAGUCCGUUCCCUCAUCAGUUGAUAAAUGGUUCUACUACGAGAGGAAGUGAUCCAGGAGCUGACCAGACUGGAGCAGGAGGAAAGGCUCACCUGUGACAUGAAUACUUGAAGAAGACAUUAAACUAAAAAUCACUGCUUAGAUUGAGCACUUGUGUGUCGGUUGUUCGGUUGUUGUCUUGUAGAUGAGGAAGUAGUGGGUAAAUACUUUGGAAACAGAGAAGAGUCAAAGUGCAACAAUGUGACAACUAGUAAUGCAUCAUUUAUUUAACAGAUUUCUUGGUAGCUGUACUGACAUAAAAACAGUACAUGUGCUGUGCCUUGAAGAUAAAUGCGCAUUGUAUGGUGCUGAAAUGGUUUAAUAAAGGUUCUCUGGCUAAAUUA